GCCCCGAUAUAUGCUGUUCUUCUUCUUGGAAUCUAUGCUUUGGGAUCAGUGGUCUAUGGCGUUGCGACGUUUAACGAUUGCCCAACUGCUAAAGAGGAGCUAGUACAAGUUCGGGACCUAUGGAGCUUCAGAGGACGUUGCUAUGACUGGAAAUUUAGCCGGGACAUAAACAAAUAUGGCCGAGACAUUGAACCAAAGUUUGAUCAAAAUGCGGAG